AAGUAAUAUUAUAUAUUAUAUAAUAUUUUCUUUUCCUUCCCUUCCAUCCAAACAGGCCCUCGAAAUAUCUUCCCUCGUUGCUCCGACUCAUCCAAUUUUCAAUUUUUAACCGAUCAAAUUUGGGGACUUUGGAGAGUAAAAAUUAUGGGAGAGGAAGUGAAGAUGAGAGAGCACGAAGCCAACGGAGAUGAAGAGAGAGUUGCACUGUGGGAGAUUGGCCUGCCUUCUGCCGAUGAUCUCACCCCUUUGUCUCAACUGUUAAUUCCCCCGGAACUUGCAUCGGCAUUCAGUAUCUCGCCGGAACCUCACCGCACGAUUCUAGAAGUCAACCAAGCUUCGAAAAAUACUAUCACGAAUCUCCGUGGCGCCGGGGGUGGGGGACAGUUAAACGCGCUGUCGUCGAAUAAUUUCAAGUCUUAUAAUGAAGACCGAACUCGUUACCCUAUGGUCGUAGAGCCGGAGGCGGAGGAGAACAAUAUGGAUCUGGACGUUUCGGGAUACGAGUCGAGGAAGUUGAGGAAAAUUGAUUCGGAAGAGGCGGAUUCAGCUUUGAGAACGGAGAAUUCCGACGAAGAUCCGUCGGCAAAGACGCUGAAACGUCCACGUCUCGUGUGGACCCCGCAGCUGCACAAGAGAUUCGUCGAUGUGGUGGGUUAUCUCGGUAUCAAAAGCGCUGUACCGAAGACCAUCAUGCAGUUGAUGAACGUGGAAGGUUUGACCCGCGAGAAUGUGGCGAGCCAUUUGCAGAAGUACCGCCUUUAUUUGAAGAGGAUGCAGGGGUUGUCGAGUGAGGGUCCCUCGUCUUCUGAUCAGUUGUUUGCCUCCACACCCUUGCCGCAGAGCUUGCGUGAGAGUGGUAGUGGCGGUGGUGGAGGGAGUGGAACCGCCCACGUGAAUGGACAUUUGGGAAUGUCCAUUCCUGCCCCUUAUCAUCCCGCGGCGGGCCCGAUUAUGCCAAUGCCGGUAUAUGGGCACAUGGGGAUACAAAUGGGCAAUAAUCAUCACCAUCAUGGGUUCGAUGGUCAUAUGCCCUAUAACAUGUUACAACAGAGGGAUUGGAGCGGGAAUAAUUAUGGUUCGGGCGCAUCUUACCCGCAUUAUACCCAGCAUGUUGCUUCUCCUAACGGUAAAAAGUGAUCGAAUGACGACUUAACUUUCACACGUUUUAGGGACGGAGACAGAGAGGUCACUUGUAGAAAUGCUGCCUCUUCCAGAAAUAUUUCUUGCCAGAGAGUUAGAGGCCUGGUGUUUUGAACUGGUUCUCAGACCUGAAGGGAAUAUUUCUGCUGGUACACAAUCAAUGCAGGGCCUAUUGUUUAGUAUAUGCCAUUGCGUGAAUGCCGUUUUUCAAAUCCCGCAUUGUUUAUAUACCAACGCGUGUUUCACAAUUCAUAAGAUGCUGCAAAUCAGUUUUGUCCAAUCCUGUAAGUAGUAAAUGAUGAGUGGAAUUGGGAACUGAUAUUGUUGGAUCAACUGCCUGUGGAUAGGGGAUAAGUGUCUUAAAGGUUAUUGGUGGAUUAAAUUUCGUACACUUAUUUUUUCUAAAAACAGAUAUUCUUAAUUUUAGUAGAAAGAAGUGUUAUUUACAAAGCCAUGGCAUUGAAAAUGAAACUUUUGUUUACAGAAUUUGCUGAUCUGUUUGUUAAACAGUUUCCUCCUAUUUGGUUUAUUCUGACAAUGCACAAGAAAUCUGAAAGCAGACAUGAAAUGCAUACAUUUUCUGUUGUUUAUGGAUGAAAGGUCUAGGAUCUGAAACCAAAUCCUGUCCACUAAAACUAGGGUAAUGAAGGAACCACACCCCAAAAGCGAAAUCAUAUUUGCAGGACAAACAGCAGAACUAAGACUGCAGAAUUAUUGUGAAACAAAUUAGUAGAGCACAAUAGGCCUACUCUUCAAUGCUGCUCAAUGGCAUGUCUAUAUGCUCUUCCUGAAGCAGAAAACGUCACAUUCUCACAUCUACACUCUAUCCAGCUGUGAACCAUUGGUGCCGAUAUCACUUGUUAUAACUGGGAAGCAAGAGAGAGAUAUACAGUGGUAUCUUUUUUAAAAUUAGAAGAUUAAACUAUUAGUUUCUGG